GCGGAGAAGCGACCAAGGAGGUCGAGCACGAUAACUUUGGUCAAUUGUUCACGACCACCCACCACUUCCGACACCUUAUCAAGCCGUUUUCUCCUAUCGCAAACAUCUCCGCUACGAUAUAUAUUACAAGUCUGGACAAAAGUGCCUCACCAGCAGGACAUCCACAGAGCUGAGCUGAACGUUUAACCUGACCUCAGAGACCGCUUUCCAUCGAAGGCCCAUCGCAUGCACGUCGAUCACGACUCAAUCUCGGGUCUAGACACCACUGAACAUCGUAAACACCCCAUACGUACCGAAAUCGCGUCCAGUCCCUUCCCACAACUACAUAAAUCGCGUUCUGCUACGAAGAACGCGCUGUGCCAGAUACUUCAUGAAUGCGAGAGCUGGGCGCACCAGCAAAGUCGUAAGGGCGAUAAGCAUAACAAUACAGUCUGAAUACGCGUGAGGCUGGAGUUCUUAACGUCCAAGCUUGCUUCGGUGGUAGGCUAUGCCUCGAUGGCCACCGAGGUUAGGAGCGCGGUGAACAUUGGUGUGGGACCUAUGGAGAUGGACAUCAGUGAUCAAGAUGGAGAGUUUGAAGAGGACUACGAGACACCACAAGCACAUCCAGCAACCCCUGGAGAUACACAGUCGCGCGACGGACAACAAGAGGUCGAUGUCGAUGCGGAGGGUGAAAGUGAAGAUGCCGAGGGUGAAAGUGAAGAUGCCGAGGGAGAAGAUGAGGACGAUGGUGAAGCUCCCGGCGCUGUGAAGAUACGCGAUCGUAUCCUUGGGGAGUCAGAUUCUGGUGACGAGGACGAAAAUAAUCACGCGGCCUUUGAUUCCGACCCAGAGAGCAAGAGCGCGGGAAGUGGGGACGACUCUGGAGCUGAUUCUGAAACGGCAGAAUCCGAAGCUGAAGAAGAAUGGGAUGCGCAUAGCGAGUCUACAAAAGAUGCACAGGAAGGCGAUCCCGAUGUAAAGUUCUGCAUACACUGUAGACAAAGUGAGGAAGAUGAUCCAGCAGAAGAGUUUGAAGAACCGCUAUCUUGUGCAGUGUGUGGUGACAUAGCCCACCGGCAAUGCGCCCGAGACGCUAAUUAUUUUAGUGGAGACGAGGAUCCAGAAUCAUGGCGCUGUUUGAGCUGUGUCGAAGACAACGCCAACCCGAGAGAUGAGUCAAUCGAGCAAGAGACUCCGAAGCUGUUACGAGAUCUAGGGGCCGCCGCCGGAAGAGGAGACUUGGAUCCGCCCCCUCCGUCUAUCUUUAAGGAACUCAUCCUUGCCGAUGAUCCGCUGGACGGCUCGCGAUCAUUGCGAAAAAGAAAGACGACGCCGGAUGAGGAUGAGGAUGACAGCGCUCCAGCCACUAGAACAACCCGAAAACGCCGGAGAACGUCCACUGUAGCAUCAGGCUCUGCCAGGCAAGCGUCAGCUCCGACUACGCCAAGGACUCGGUCUGGUGCUACCGCUGCAGACGAGGUAUCAGAUCAAAAUGACGGCACCUCGCCUAGGACUAGGUCGACCCGACCAAGGCGAUCCAUAUCAAACAAGCACAAACCUGGAGCUUCCAUCAUUUCUGUUGAGGGUAUGGCUAUGGUUGUUUGCAUUCGUGUCGCAGACAAAGACCGACUCGCAAAGAUUCUUGCUGCGCGUCCUAGGAAAAAGAAGCUACGAACUGAUCGGCCACCAAAGGCACAACCGGCAUAUAUUGAACCUGAAAUCUCUCACUAUCCCGCCAUUGACACUAACUACCAACCAUUCAUCCCAUACGGAGAGCGCGAAGAUGACCCCUCGAAAACCAAACCUUACGGGGGCAUCUUGAACGAAAUAGAAGCAGACACCUCAAAGACCUUCCCAGUAUCAGUUGACAGGAGGCGCUUUGAGGAUGCGCGACUCAAAGCUGAGGAGGAUUGGAAACGCAAGAUUGCAGCUGCAGCCGCAGCAGGGCCACCAGAGCCUGUUCGUCCUGUCAACAAGAUGUCUGGUCCUCCAAGCAAGAUCAAAUGCAUUAAUUUCGGUGGCUACGAGAUUGAUACAUGGCAUGCUGCGCCUUAUCCCGAAGAGUACAGCCGCAAUAAAGUACUCUACAUUUGCGAGUUCUGUCUCAAGUACAUGAACUCCGACUACGUAGCCUGGAGGCACAAAUUGAAGUGCGCAGCAAAGCAUCCACCCGGAGACGAAAUUUAUCGUGAUGGCAAGUUUUCCUUUUUUGAGGUCGAUGGUCGUAAGAAUCCAGUCUACUGUCAAAAUCUCUGCCUGCUUGCCAAACUCUUCCUCGGAUCAAAGACGCUCUAUUAUGACGUAGAGCCUUUCCUGUUCUAUAUCAUGACGGAAAAUGAUGAGUUUGGAUGCCAUUUCGUAGGCUAUUUCUCGAAAGAGAAACGACCAAGCUCAUUGAAUAACGUCUCAUGUAUCCUUGUUCUGCCGAUACACCAGCGCAAGGGUUUCGGUCACAUGUUGAUCGAAUUCUCGUAUCUCCUUACGAGGCAAGAGAAGAAGACAGGCAGUCCCGAAAAACCACUCAGCGACAUGGGUCUUGUCAGUUAUAGGAGCUAUUGGCGACUCAUCAUGUGUUACCAGCUUCGAGAACUAGAAGGCGCUGUCAGUAUCACACAGUUGUCGGAGCGUACUGGUAUGACAGGUGACGAUAUCGUGUCUGCACUGGAAGGUCUGCGUGCGCUGGUGAGAGAUCCAAUCACGAAGACUUACGCUUUCCGUCUUGAUCUCGGCUAUUUCGAUCAAUUUAUCAAGAAAUUUGAGAGCAAGAAUUGGCCCAAGAUUGAGCCAAAAUCUCUAAUCUGGACGCCUUUCGAGAUUGGCCGUGGAAACCUCUCUCACUACGACGAUGGUCCACAACUUCACACCGUCGCACCCCGCGAAGAAGAAACCAAUGAAGACGCCGUCGCCGAAGAAGGCGUUCAAAUGGAAGAAGCUGUCGCCACAAGUCAAGACCCAGCUGAACUUUGCAACAGCGAUACCGCUAUUCCUGACGUCGCACCGCCCGCUCAAACUACCACUAUAAACCAUCAUCCUCCAAUAGUCCCCUCCACCCCUCUCUCAAAUGGCAUCCCGCACACGCCUAUCCCUGGCCCCUCAAUGUCCACCCCUUCAUUCCCCUCGACUCACAUUCCCCCCAACCGCUACGAGGUCUUCCCUCCAAUUCCCGGCAUGCCAGCAACAAAACGCCGCCCGGGUCGUCCGUUCGGCUCGCGCCGCCGUCCACAGACUCCGCUCCGCCGCAACCACACCGCGCCCAGCGGCGGGAAGAACUUGCAGCUGCUCGCACGGUCGCACUCAGGCAAAUCCAGUCCUAUCGGCAAUCCCAUCGGGCUAGGAAUCAACGGGAGCACGGUGCGCAGGACGAGGAGUAAAUUGGGCGAAUUGGUGAACGGGAACGGGACGAAUGUAGAUGAGGUUGCAGGCAGUGGGAGUCCGCGCAAGAGUUUACGCAGGUUGAAGGAAUUGGCUAAGAGCGAAAUGGGCGGCGGGGAAAGUAAUGGUGGUGAUGAUGACGACGCCGAGGCUGAAGACGAUGGCGAAGGCGAUGAGGAUGCGGAGGGUGAAGAGGAGAUGCAUGACGAAGCCAUGGCUGAUUGAUGCACAGCAGGAGUUGUCGCCUCGUUUAUAUGGAUCAUAAUUUAUACCUGCCCGCCCGUAGAAAAUGGGAUGCGCUGGUUCGACUAGAAUCGAAUCGAAUCGAAUAAUCAAACUAAGCAAUGGAGAG